UCAAACGCAGGAUCUAAGUCAAACUUAAGAUGCUGUUUCCAGAGGGCUGCGUUGAGCAGAGAUAGCUGGGACCUUGGGUUUGUUUUGUCCUAAGGAAGCCCCCUCCCAAGUCGGCUCCCUUUUCUCAGCACAGUUCGUGAUGGCCCCGAGGAGCAGAGGGAUGGUCUCUGCAGCAGAGACCCUGAACUCUUUGUCCUCCGCCGGCCUGACUGAAGAGCAGAAGGAAUUCCAAAAAGUUGCCCUUGAUUUUGCUUCCAAGGAGAUGGCUCCUCACAUGGCUGAGUGGGAUGAAAAGGAAAUAUUCCCUGUGGAAACAAUGCGGAAGGCAGCCCAGUUAGGAUUCGGUGGGAUCUAUGUGAAACCAGACGUCGGUGGCUCUGGAUUGUCGCGACUUGAUACCUCCAUAAUCUUUGAAGCUUUAUCAACAGGAUGUACUAGCACCACUGCUUAUAUGAGCAUCCACAACAUGUGUGUUUGGAUGAUUGACACCUUUGGCAAUGAGGAACAGAGGCGCAGGUUCUGCCCAUCGCUCUGUAGCAUGGAAAAAUUUGCUUCUUACUGCCUGACUGAGCCGGGGAGUGGAAGUGAUGCAGCUUCCCUGCUGACCUCAGCUCAGAGGAAAGGGGACACCUACGUCCUGAACGGCUCCAAGGCCUUCAUCAGUGGUGGAGGUGACACGGACAUCUACGUGGUCAUGUGUCGCACAGGAGGCCCAGGCCCCAAGGGCAUCUCCUGCCUGGUGCUGGAGAAGGGGACACCAGGGCUCAGCUUUGGCAAGAAAGAGAAGAAGGUGGGCUGGAAUUCCCAGCCGACUCGGGCUGUGAUCUUUGAGGACUGCGUGGUUCCUGUUGGCAACCGGCUGGGCACCGAAGGGCAGGGCUUCAGCAUUGCCAUGAAGGGGCUGAAUGGAGGCAGAAUAAACAUUGCUUCUUGUUCAUUAGGAGCUGCUCAUGCCUCUGUUCUUCUGGCUCAGGAACAUCUCACUGUCCGGAAACAGUUUGGGGAACCACUAGCAAACAAUCAGUACCUGCAGUUCCGGCUGGCGGAGAUGGCGACGCGCCUGGUGGCAGCACGGCUCAUGGUUCGCAACGCGGCGCGAGCACUGCAGGACGGACGGGAGGACGCGGCCGUGCUCUGCUCCAUGGCCAAGCUCUUUGCUACUGAUGAAUGCUUUGCGGUCUGUAACCAGGCUCUACAGAUGCACGGGGGCUACGGCUACCUGAAGGAUUAUGCUGUGCAGCAGUUUGUACGAGACAUCAGAGUCCACCAGAUCCUUGAAGGUACCAAUGAGGUGAUGCGGAUGAUUGUGGCCAGGAAUCUGCUACAGGGCUGAAGCCAGGAGCUAAUCUCCAGCCUUAAAUCACUUCGCCUGUUACAGCUUUCCCUCCCCUGUUCACCAACUCUCCCAGGGAGUGGUGAAGGGGGAUACCCCAGUGGAAACAGUCUUUCUGCCUUAUUUUGUCCAGGAGCACAGCUGGAUGCCACCCACAUGCUGCCACAGCUGCACUCUGUGCCUGGCAGAGCUGCAGUUUAGUAUUGUGCAGCCUGAAGAU